AAUGACUAAAUGCACACCAAAUCCAGUCGACACACCCAAAACUUGGCAAUAUGAAAAUCACCGAAAUUACAAAAAAAAAAGGUGAAUUCCGAAGCAAAGAGUGGCCAGUGUGAAACUAACUCAGCGAACACUCUCCUCACAGCUAUAAAUUCUAUGCUUCACUUGUCUCGCUUUUGCUCCACUUACACCAACAGAGAUUUGCGAGUAGAUUUUGCAUGGCCCAUGCCACGCUCGGCUCGCCUGAGCCGGCGGCAAAGCCUCGGCUCCGGUGCGCCGACGGCCGCCACCGCCGCCGCCUUAUCGUCGUCCUGUGCAUCGUCGGCGUGGCGCUCGCCGUCGGCGUCGCCGUGGCGGUGGCGAUCGCCGUCUUGGGGAGGUCGAGGAUGACGUCGUCGUCCGGCGGUGGCCGGGCGCCACGGGGGCGCGCGCCGACCGAGGCGAUCGCGCGCACGUGCGGGGUGACGCUGUACCCGGAGCUGUGCGUCGGCGAGCUCAUGGCGUUCCCCGGCGCCGCCGGCGCCGGCGACGCCGAGCUCGUGCCGAUGUCGCUGAACGCGACGCACCGCCGCGUGGUGGACGCGCUGUACAACGCGACGGCGCUCGGCGGCGCCGCCGCGCUGCUCGCCGGGGCGCGGUCGGGCGCCGCGUACGGCGACUGCGUGGAGAUGCUCGACGCCGCGGAGGAGCUCCUCGCGCGGUCGGUCGGCGCCAUCGCGGCGCCGCCGCCGCCGCCGGACUCGGUCGACGCCGACACGGCGGGACGGGACGACGACGACAUCAUGACGUGGCUCAGCGCGGCGCUCACCAGCCACGACACGUGCAUGGACAGCCUCCAAGAAGUCGGCGCCGGCGGCGACGCCGGCGACGACGACGGCGGCCGCAUCAAGCCGCAGAUGCUCGGCUACCUCGGCAACCUCGGGGAACACCUCAGCAACAGCCUCGCCAUCUUCGCCGCGAGGGGAAGGCCCGGCGGCGAGCUCUCUGAUGUCCCCGUCCACAACCAACUCCACAGACGGCUACUGACCAUCGACGACGACGACGACGACGACGGGAGCUUCCCAAGGUGGGUGAGACACAACGACCGGCGGCUCCUCCAGGCGGCCGCCGCCGAGAUCGAGGCCGACAUGGUCGUCGCCAAGGACGGCACGGGGACUCACCGGAAGAUCCGCGACGCGAUCAAGGCGGCGCCGGAGCACAGCCGUCGCCGCGUCGUGAUAUACGUCAAGGCCGGCGUGUACACCGAGAACGUCAAGAUCGGCAGCAAGAAGACCAACCUCAUGCUCGUCGGCGACGGCGCCGGCAAGACCGUCGUCGUCGGCUACCGCAGCGUCCACGACAACUACACCACCUUCCACACCGCCACGCUAGCGGUGGCCGGGGCGGGGUUCAUCAUGCGGGACAUGACGGUGGAGAACCGCGCCGGCGCGGCGAGGCACCAGGCGGUGGCGCUGCUGCUGAGCGGCGACCACGCGGUGGUGUACCGGAGCGCCGUGCUGGGGUACCAGGACACGCUGUACGCGCACGCGCAGCGGCAGUUCUACCGCGACUGCGACGUCGCCGGCACGGUGGACUUCGUGUUCGGGAACGCCGCCGUGGUGCUGCAGAACUGCACGCUGUGGGCGCGGCGGCCGCUGCCGGGGCAGGAGAACACGGUCACGGCGCAGGGGCGGCGCGACCCGAACCAGAGCACCGGCAUCUCCGUGCACGGCUGCCGCCUCCUCCCUUCGCCGGAGCUCGAGCUCGCGCCGGCGGCGCGGCGCGGCCGCGCGGCGACGUACCUCGGGCGGCCAUGGAAGCCGUACUCGAGGGCGGUGUACAUGAUGUCGUACAUAGCGGGCCACGUCCACGCCGCCGGCUGGCUCGCCUGGGACGCGUCGGGGCGCGCGCCGGACACGCUCUACUACGGCGAGUACCGCAACUCCGGCCCCGGCGCGGCGGUCGGCGGGCGCGUGCCAUGGCCGGGCCACCGCGUCAUCAAGCUGCCGGAGGAGGCCAUGGAGUUCACCGUCGGGAGGUUCAUCGGCGGCUACUCCUGGCUGCCGCCCACCGGCGUCGCCUUCGUAGCCGGCCUGACCGUGUGAGGCGACUCUCACUGACUCAUGGUAGCUUAAGCCAAUAAGUUGCAUUUGCUAAUUGGGAGAUAGGUGGUAGUAAAAGUAGGUGUAAUUUUUCAAGUAUGAUGUAAUCAUCUACACAUGCUAACUGAUUCAGGAAAAUUAUGAUUAAUGAUUAGUUUGUAGGCUUGAAUUU